CAGUGCCGCGGGCCGGGCGGGCGCGAUGGAGCCGCCUGAGGGCUGGGACCCCUACGGGCGGCCGGCCCGGCGCACGCAGUGGCUGGUCAGCGCCCUGGCCUACCACUACGGGCUGGACCGCGGCGUGGAGAACGAGAUCGUCGUGCUGGCCACCGGCCUGGAUCAGUACCUGCAGGAGAUCUUCCACCACCUGGACUGCGCCGGGGCGGGCCGCAUCCCCAGCGAAGACUUCCGCACGCUGUGCCAGGUGCUGGGGCUGGAGGAGGCGGCGGAGCCCGAGGAGGGCGCGGGGCUGUGGGACGGGCUCUCGGCCGAGCUCACCUUCCGCCAGUUCCACGCGCGGCUCUGCGGCCACUUCAGCACCCGCGCGGGGCCGCGGCUGCCGCUCGGCCGGGAGAGCGAGCACAUCGAGACCCAGAUCCGCCUGCGCAGCCCCCGCCGCCGCCGCUGCCGCGCCCGCCCCGCCGAGCCCGAGCGGCGGCCGCCGGGGCCCUGCUGCCGAGAGCGCUCCGAGGAGAUGGUGGCGCUGGAGCAGGCCGAGGAGCGUCUCGCCAAGCUGCAGGAGGAGAACGGCAGCCUGCGGGAGCUGGUGGAGGACAUGCGGGCCGCCCUGCAGAGCAGCGAUGCGCGGUGCCUGGCGCUGCAGGUGGGACUGCGGAAGAGCCAUGCCAGCCAUAAGGAAGAAGGAUCGUGCUUCUUAGGGAGUAAGAGACCAUUAGCACAGAAGCACUCCCAGACCAAGUGCCUCCAAAGUGUCCUGAAGGAAAAGGAGCUCAUCUGCAGCUCCAGGGACGGGCAGCUUGAAGAAGCCAUCAGGUUUAAUCAGGAGCUGGAGAAGGAGCUGCAGAGCUCUCAGGAAGCUCUGGUCAGCCUGGAGGAUUGCAACCGUAACCUGAAGAGGGAGCAGGCAGAGAUGAGGAGGAAGGUGGAGGAGGCCAGACACACUGUCCUGACGAGUCUUGGCAAAGUGAAGGAGCUGGAGGUGAGAGCUAACGAGGUGCCACAUCUGCAAGGAUACAUUCAGCAUCUGGAAUCACAACUGCAGCACUACAGGUCAGCAGUGGAGAGGUCCCAGCUUGCCCAGCAGAGCAGCCCCAAGCAGCAGGAGGGAGCAGCCGAGCCCAGGGGCACCCACAGCGUGGCCAUGGCACCGCGGGAUCAGCGCUCCCUUGCUGGCAUCGCCGGCCACGCAGAGGAGCAGCUGUCCCACUCCGUGGAGGGCCAGGCUGCCUCAGACAAGGAGGACGAGCAGUGCCCGGGUGACCGCACUCCCUGGCCGGACCACGGCAAGGAGGUCCUGGCCAAGCUCCCAUGCUGUGGCUCUGGAUGUGAUGAAAGGACGCGGGGGAAGCUGCUAUCCUACCUGGAGACCAGCAGCACCAACGGGAAGGACCCUGGGGAGUCCUUGGAGAGAAUUUCCCCCGUCGCAGAGCAGCCAGAACUCAAGGGCCUCCAAGAGACAAAAUCAGAAACAAACAUGGAAGAGGUGAAAGGCCCCUUGCUCGAGGAGCUGCAGCAGAAAGUGGAGGAGACAGAAAUGCUGAAGAUGGAGCUGCAGAUGUUGGAGACAGAGAGGGUUCGGCUGUCCCUGGUAGAAGAGAAGCUCAUGGAUGUUCUGAAGCUUCUCCAAAAGCUUCAAGACUUGAACAUAUCUAAGCGAGCCUUGGGGAAAAUCCUGCUGAGCACUUUGGAAUCCUGCCGUGAUCCCCAGCCUGGCAAAGCCCAGCUCUUUGAAGUGCUGGACACCCUUCAGCAGGAGCUGACAGCCUGUGAACUGUUGCACAAGCAGCCCAUGGAGCAGGCACAGAGCCCACGGUCCCUGUCCAACCCCCUGGUGAUCUCCUGCUGAGCCCAGCCAGCCCCAGGACAGCUGGAAGGAAGAAGGAAGGACAUUUGUCCAGCUCAGCCACGCCUGGAUUGGCCAGGAGUGAGGACCAAGGCAAGAGCACCAGCACUGGGCUGAGCAUAGCCCUGCCUUCCUGGACUGCAAACCCCAGCCCUCGGUGCCCCUGGGACAGGACUUGCACCAAACUGUGCCCACCCCACUCACCUGACUCAUAUGUAUUCACAGCCCUGCAAAACUGGGACUGGACUGGAACCAAACCAGACUGUGCCCACCACACUCACCUGAGCCACACAGAUUUACAGCCCUGGGUACAGGGGCUGAGCACAGUUUGCAGCCUUUGUGGAAGCCCCACUCCAAAGCCAAGGCAGCCUGUGUUAUCCCUGGAUUUGUUGUCCCUUACCCUACAAGUGACAAUGAUAAACACACCCAGGAGUGUUUGCCAGCAGUGCAGGUUUUAAGGGCUCUGUGUUUCUCACUCAUUCACCUUAUUUAACUCUGAAGCUAGAUGUUUUUAUUGCUCUGCUGAAUUUUAUAUUUGCAAUUACAGAGAUGCCUUAGGAAUAUACAGCAGCCUUUCCUGACAACAGUCAGAUUUUACAUAAAAAGUUAAAUUUAAAUGCUUGAAGAAGAUCCAAAGCAAUCUUGUUCCAGGCUCUAAGGGAAAGGGAAAAAUUCACUUGCUGUUGUUCAUGCAGUGCACCCAUGAGUUCUCAAUUUUCAUUUCCCUUGAUGCAGUUGCUGAGACACAAAAUUAGGCCCUACAUGCAGGCCAGUUAAUGUAAAGAGCUGGGCCUAAUCCUGGUGCCAUUGAAUGUUUUAAUCAGCAAUAAAAUAAUUCCUGGGGCAAAGUAAAAAAAAAAAAAAAAAAGUUUCUUCCAAAGUGUUUUUGCUGUAUGAUUCACCUGCCAAACAGAGGCAGAAUUCCUCAAACAGCCAGCUGAAUUUAUGUUAUUGAAAAGAUGCACUGUGGAUCUUUUAAGAAUGUGAAAUGAUGUGCCUGAGAUAAUGCCAGUGAUGAAAUAAGAUCAUUCAACUGUACAUGUAGGAAUUUUUUCCCAGGAAAUGGUUUUCAUACAGGAAUGAGAUCCACAAUGCAAAGUGGGCAAUAAGAUUUCCAUUGCUUCCCAUUCAGAACAUGCUGUGUAGCUCACACACACCUCCAUUUAAAAUUGUGGCACCUUCAAGCCACACUGGGAACAAAAAUUUGUAUUAUUUUAUUUUCAUUUAAAGGAGAGAAAAAAAGGUUAUGCAAACAGUAAAACAAGUUCUCUUCAGUGAGUGGUGUUUUACCUCUUUUUUUUUGUGGUUUAGCAGAGGAAGAUUUUAAAAAUAGAUAUAUAUAGUUAAUGUCCAUUUUUCUUAAAGAUACAUUAGACAGGACAUAUAUACAUAGAAUGAUAUUCACCCUCUAAGAAAGAAAAUCGUCUCUUAAUGCUAAAUAUAUUACUAACAAGAUACCAGAGCAUAAUAUACUAUUACUGAAGAUAUGCUGAGGUAUAUGCUAGUAUUAUAUCCUACAGAAACAGCCUGAGUUGUGCCUCAGGUGAAAGUUUCAAUGAGCAGAAAUCAGAUCCCUGCUUGGGUUCAUUUGCUGAAAUACACACAAAAUGUCAGCUUUUGUUUUGAGCAGCUCUCUCGGACUUUCCCAGGAAUAUGGCACAGGUGUAAGGAGGGGAAAUACCAGGAAAUCAUGAAAUGAGCGUGAUGUGUGUGUUCAGGUGGCAGGCAGGACAUUCAGAAGUGGGAUUCUAAUGAAGGUACACACCUAGCUCUGGAUCCUCAUUUACUGCAGGAUUCUUGCAGCAUUUGGAUUUAGAACAAUCUGUAGCCUUUUUCCUCUUCCCACAUUCCCCAAACCUGGCAGUCUAUUUCUCACAGACUUUGCAAUUCCUUAGAUCCCCACAAACUCACUUUUAGUUUAUUAGUUUUCUAUUAUACCCACAAACUGGCCCUAAAAGGAAACUUGGAUAUUUUGUCCCCUGACCUCCAUCACAAAGUUCUUGGGUUUUUUCCACAAAACAAACUUUCUGCUUUAACUUCAUCCUCAAUGUCCUUUCCCCUCCCAAUGCCCUCCUCACUUCCCAUUUGGCAAAUUUCUCCCUGGAAUAACCUCUGAGGUGUUCACGCUUCUAGCACAAAUUACGUUUUUCAAGGAAAGUUUCCUGCUCCCAUUAUUUUUUAGUUUAUAGGAGGCAUUAACUAUUGGUAAAUUAAAGUCCACCUAAUCUGUGAA